AUGUCUGCUGCCAGCGACCACUACCGUCUCUAUCAGGCCGCAACCUCUCCCGCUGACCAUGCUCCAGAGUCUGCUCUUGCCUACAUGGCUUCCGGCGACGAUGCCAAUCUCCAUCCUGACCGCAACGCCUCUUCUCCCCGUCUUCCACCCUCUCCCAAUCCCGGAGCAGCAGCAAGCGGCUCACACCCUCCAGAGCGUCCUCCACCUCCUACCAGGGCCUCUACCGUCAGCUCCUCUCACAACUACGAUCAGCGCAGGCAAAGGCCCGAUGACCAUCCCCACGCCCGCAGCGAGGAUCUGAACCAUACCACUUCCCGCGCCUCCAACGACCCCGGCGUACCCGAUCUCUCCUCCCAGACCUCCUCUCGAUCCCAGACCUUUCUCUCCGCCAGUCGGCCCACCACCCCCGCCGGCUCUGCCAACAACCAGGCAUCCUCUUCCGACCUCUCUGAGUUCCCAAAAGCUCGCCCAGGGAGCGUGCACUCGGAAUCGUCCCAAGGCUCUGAGUCAUCAACCCCAGGAGGGAGCGUGCCGGGCGGAACUUCCACUACACAUACGAGUACCAGCAUUGCCUCCACACCAUGUAGUGCCUGCGGCAAGGCCAUGCAAGGCGCGUUUGUGCGUGCUCUGGGAACAGUCUAUCACCUCCAGUGUUUCAAGUGUAUGGAUUGCGGCACCGUUGUUGCGUCCAAGUUCUUCCCUAUAGACGGGCCAGAUGGCAGGCAGCAUCCGUUAUGCGAACGGGACUACUUCCGAAGGCUGAACCUCAUCUGCGCGAAGUGCGGGAUGGCGUUGCGAGGGAGUUACAUUACAGCGUGCAAUAAAAAGUUCCACGUGGAACAUUUUACUUGCUCUGUCUGUCCGACCCUGUUUGGCCCACAAGACUCCUACUAUGAGCACGAGGGCGACGUGUAUUGUCACUACCACUAUUCGACGCGGUUCGCCACCAAAUGUGCAGGAUGCAACAGUGCCAUCCUCAAGCAAGUGCUACAUGAUCAACAAGGCGAUCUAUCUACGUCUACUAUCGUGCCAUUACGUAUGCUGACGAUGGCCCCUUCAUUGCAGUUCUGGAAUGUCAAGGUUGUGUCAAGAAGACCUAUACCUGCAUACACAGAGGAAGGCGACGGUAAUUCUACCGAGCCUCUGUAUGCCGAAGAGGAGCGGCGGGAGACCGCCACGACUCUUAAGGAUAAACAGGUCAGGAUGGAGCAGCAGGUCUACCGUAUCUGGACGGUGCUGUCGGCCUUUGAAGAGUCAAGUGCGGCGUGUAUCUCAGAUAUGUUACGGCAGGUCAGCAACGGCCAAUAUUCUGAGGCUAUCAGGAUGGCCGAGAAGUUCAUCCUACACGUCGAAGUGCUCUUUGCCACGAUUGACGACUUGGAGUGGCAUUUUGCUCGACUAAAGCUUAAGGGCAUGUCACAUGUGCGCGAAGCGAGAAUGCUCUGUCGGAAGACAGUUGACCUUUUUACCCUGCUCUCGCACACUCAAGAGACGGGCACGCGGAGGAUGGGUAUGACCCAGGAGCUGCUCGCUCUCGUCACCGGGCUGGCGCACUACCUUAAGAUCCUCAUCCGCAUCGCCCUCACGGGCGCGCUGAAGCUGGAGCGCGAACAGGACGUGCGCGAGGCGAUAACGUCCUUCCUCGAUAAGUUGCACAUGCUCGCGAUCCAGGCCGGGAACCCGAGCGCGAAGCGCAUGAUGAAGCGCGCGAAUGGCGAGUUCAUGGGCCCCAGUGAGUCUGGCGGUAACGCGGGCACUCAGGGCGUCACGUACGGCUUUAAGAGCCUCGCGCCAGAGAACGCGGGCGAGUCACCCUUCGCGAACGGGCCUCGCGACCCUGCGCUCGCCAAGGUAUCCGUUGUCAACCCCCCGUCGGAUCUCUGCGUCAAGUGCAACCUCACCGUCGAGGAGGACUGCGUACGCCUAGGGACGUACCAGCGGUGGCAUUCACACUGCGUCCAAUGCGGGACGUGCGGGAAGGCGGCUGCAGCGCCAGUGCCCAAGGAGCCGCCCCCACCGAAGAGCCCCGAUGACAAAGAUAAGGAGAAAGACACACCGAAGCUGUCCACGGCACGGCGGCCACCCGCCAACGUGAGCAUGUUUGUGUAUGAGGUCGACACGAUGAAGGACACGACGUCGUUUGGCACCGUCCCGACUGUUAUUUUUUGUACUGAUCACGGCCACGGCGGCUGUCGGAGCGGAUUCCAGACCGUCUCGCGGUUGGAGCAGUAUGCAUUUUUGCUGAACGUCGCGCUGCGACGGCUGUAUGCGCUGCUGAAGAAGCGGGGUGUGGUGCAGCUCACUCCAGCUCCACAAGGGCAAACACCAAGGGACCACGAGGAAGACCUGUACCGCAACUCAGGCGAAAUUAACCGCUUGAAGUCCGUUCACCUAGAUCGGAAGCUAUCUGCCACCGCUCGAGUGCCAAAGCGAUCGACGAUCGUCGAGAGCCCGACGGGGAAAGUCGCGCAGCCGACCGAUGUGAUGCACUCGCAGCGCUCGCAGGACGUCCGCACCGCGCAGCAGAUGCAACCGAAGCACCUCAAGUCCUUCCAACCGCCGACGCGCCCGCCGCACCCGGGCUCGCUGGGCCUAAUCGACACGAACCAGCAGGGACAGGUCAUCCGCCCUGCGUUCGCGCGGAACAACACGGAGGUGAUGAUCGUCGACGACUCCGCGCCGACGUCGCCCGCGGGUGGCGUCGACGAGGGGACCGUCGCGGGCGUCGAGGACGGCAUCACGCUCGCGGACAUCCCGCAGAUCGUCGAGGCCGCGCAGGCGCGCGAGCAGCAUCGGUCGCUCCCCCGCGAGAGCUUGAUACCGUUCAUCGCGGAGCUCAACCCCGUGGAGCUUGCGAUCGUGAAGCACUGUGCGGUGCUGGUUCUCAUGCGCUCGCCAUUGCGGGAGCAGAUGGAUCUUGACGAGAUAUUGGAGCUUGUGGAGAUAAAGAAGUCGUCUUUCUGGAACAAGCUAUUCAAGCAGGGCAGUGACAAGAAGAACGUGAAGAAAAAAGGCGUCUUCGGUGUGCCGUUGGAACUGCUUGUUGAGAGAGAAGGGGCAGAUUCGUUGCUUGGAGCAUCUCGAGUAGCGAUGAAAAUUCCCAGUUUCGUCGACGACGUAGUGUCGGCAAUGCGGCAGAUGGAUAUGUCUGUCGAGGGUAUUUUUCGGCGGAAUGGCAAUAUCAGGCGCCUGAAGGAGCUCACUGAGGCAAUUGACCGAGAUCCGUCGUCGGUGGACCUCACACAAGAUAAUCCCGUACAGCUAGCAGCGUUGUUGAAGAAAUUCUUCCGCGAACUGCCAGAUCCUUUGAUGACGUACAAGCUGCAUCGUCUCUUCAUUGCGUCACAAGGUUUUCCUAACGAGGCUGACCGGACACGCCUGCUUCACAUGGUCUCUCUCAUCCUGCCGAAGGCACACAGAGAUACGAUGGAGGUCCUGUUCGUGUUUUUGAAAUGGGUCGCGUCUUUCGCGCAUAUGGAUGCCGAGACCGGGAGCAAGAUGGACCUAUCCAACCUGGCAACGGUCAUUUGUCCCAGCAUCCUGUACUCUCGUGGGCGGGACGCGGUGCGGGACGAGAGUUUUGGAGCCAUCCGCGUCGUCACCGCACUGCUGGAGAACCAGGACGAAUUUUACUGUGUACCACAAGAGUUCCUCCCUAUCUUGCAUGACCAGGAUUACUUCGCGAAUAGCAUGGAUCUCCCGAGCAAAGAGUUCCUGAAGAAGUGUGACACCUAUAUGCGCCUCAAGGCCAAUGGGCGUACACCAGGAUUGACCUCGCCUGUGUCGGGCUCGGCGCCUUUCCCUCCCAACACACCACGAUCGGAGGACAUGCGUUCGUUCCCCCCAAGAGCACAGUCAAAUCACCAAUACGUCGACCGACCGAUCCUGGGAAGCCCGUCCCCCUCUGAAAACUUGAUCCGCAACGGACAAGGACAGCCAACGCGGCAGCAGACCCUUCCCCCUCUUCAACACUCAUCCUUCUCCCACUCAGCCCCUGGCGGGACGUCCUCAUCAUCCUCUUUGCAAGCCGCUAUCCACGCGCCUCAGCCGCGGGCUCCCGAAGUGCAGCCGUCGACCAGCGAAUGGGUUCCCCCGGAGCGUCAACCAUUUAUCGGGCAGGUCCCCAGUCGGCCGUCGUCACGGCCCAACUCGUUCGUCCUCCCGCGGAGUAGCGUUGAGGGCGCGCCUCCAUUCUCGAACGGUCAUCAGCGAAUAUAA